GUAAGCCUUUGAUUGUUGAAGAUAUAUAUAUAUAUGAGAUGUUUGUUUAGAUUUCAAUAUCAUCAUCAUCCGAUAUUCUCUUCACAUUCCAUCGCUUCUUCCAUACUCUUGUUGAAUUCAGUCUUUACUGUUUUUAUUUAUUCCACCAUUUCCCAUAUUGAAACUAAAGUGAAAUCUCCAAAGCAAUGUCUUCCAAAUUCACUAUCCCUCAACUCCUUGUCCUCCUCCCCUUCCUCAGCCUCGCCAUCGCUGCACCAGCUCAAAAGUCAACUCCAAGUAAUGGCCUUAUGGCGAGUAAUCUAAAGCCCACCUGUGCUCCAGGCGGAAACAUCGAUCUCUCAAAAUGGACUCUCCAACUACCGAUUGGCACAACAGGUCAUCCCGAUUCCAUCAGCGGUUCCAAGCUCGCAGGGUGCAAUGGCUACACCCAAAAAGAUUAUUUCUACACCAACACCGAUGGAUCCGUCGUGAUGAAAGUUCCAGGCGGAGUAUCCACCGGCUGUGUCACCACGGCCAACUCCAAGCACUGCCGCACCGAGCUCCGCGAAGCCAGCCCCAGUUCCUGGGAUCCUAGCUCUUCCAGCAAUAAACUGAGUGCUACUCUCCAAGUAAUUACCGCUGAUGAUUCGACGCACGGCACUGUCAUUGGACAAAUUCAUAUCGACGAUAGUGUAUCUUCCAAACCCGUGUGCGAGCUUUUUUAUAAUUCUAAGGGGGUGAUUUCAAUGGGUGUAGAACAAACUAGAGCUGGUGGUAAUGAAAUUGUUACACAAGUGGGGAGUGUGGCUGUGGGAUCUAAGUUCUCGUAUGAGAUUGCUUAUGAGGGGGGAAAAUUGAGUGUGGCUAUUAAUGGGGGGACGGCGAAGGUUUUGGAUACUUAUCAGUUGAGUAGUCCGAAGAGUUAUUUUAAGGCUGGGAAUUACAAUCAAGGGGAUAGCAAGUCUGAGGUGCAUUUCUUUGCUAUUGAUGCUCAGCAUUAAGGGGUUGCUGGGAGAUAGUGAUGGUUGAGGUGGAAUGGUCAAAACUGUAAGUUAGAAAGGGUUGAGGACGAUGGAUGGUUUGUGCUUGAUAAUUUGGUUUUUGGUUUGAGUUGUUGAUUUUCUGUUGGUACUUUCCAUUUCAAGACUUUCUUUUUUGAUUUUGUAUUAUAAACAGACUAUGGACGUGGUAGUGCGUUCAACUCCCGAAGAAUGACGAAUAUAUAUUUUCCGGGUCUACAUUUGUC